AUGUCUCAAACUCUGAUAGAGAACAACUUAUCGUUCUCAAAGGUACCGAGAAUCGGAUUACAUGUACGAGACCUAUCAAUUAUAGCGUCCAAGUCGAAUACAAAGCUGGUAGACUCGUUCUCUAUGGAUUUAGAGAGUGGGUCGAUUAUGGCUGUUAUGGGUGGUUCUGGUUCUGGUAAGACUACCCUGUUAAACGUGCUAGCAUCAAAGAUAAGUGGUGGUCUUACCACGGAAGGUACUAUUAAGUAUGUGCUAGAACAACAACCUAUGGAUAAUUCAUUCACUUCAUCGUCAUCUCCACGUCAUAAUGAGAUAAAUAGCAAAGAAGAGAUAGUAGUCACUGGUAUAGAGAAUGAAUCCGAGACUGAAUUCGAAACUGAGGAGAAACAUGUAAAGAUGUCAUAUGUUCCACAACAGGACGUGUUAUCUGCAAGACUGACUUGUCGAGAGACCAUGAUGUUUGCAGCCGAUUUAAAAUUAGAUAAACCAAAAGAAGAGAAAAUACGAAUUGUAGAACAAUUAAUUAAUGAGCUGGGCCUUAAAGAUUGUGCUGAUACGAUGGUCGGGGAUAGUACACAUAGAGGUUUAUCUGGUGGUGAAAAGAGAAGAUUAAGUGUUGGAACUCAAAUGGUAGCUAAUCCAUCUAUUAUGUUUUUGGAUGAACCCACUACUGGACUAGAUGCAUAUUCUGCAUAUCUAGUGGUGAAAACUAUUAAGAAAAUGGCAAAAGAAGAUGGCCGGAUAUUUAUUAUGUCUAUCCAUCAACCUAGAUCUGAUAUCUUAUUUCUUUUUGAUCAAAUUUGUAUUUUAUCUAAAGGGAAUGUUGUAUAUUGCGAUAAAAUGUCAGACACUAUACCAUAUUUUGAAAAAAUUGGAUUUACAGUACCUCAUAUGGUGAACCCAGCAGAUUAUUUUGUUGAUUUAUCAAGUGUAGAUGGCAGAUCUGACGAUGCACAAAAAUUAACUGAGGAAAGAUUGGAAAGAUUGGUAGAAAAUUGGCAUACUUUUGAAAAGGAUACUGUAAAAUUUGAAAAUAUUGAUCAUAUGGAUCCACUACAAGUGCAAAACAUGACUACUAGUCUACCAUUUAUGAAACAAGUAGCAGUGUUAACAAGAAGAAACAUUAGAUUGAAUGUGACAGAUUACGUCACUUUAGGUGCAACGUUCUUAGAACCAAUUAUUAUUAGUACAGUUUCAGGUUGGAUUUAUUAUAAACCUGAUAAGACUUCAUUAAGUGGACUUAGAACAACAUCUGCUUGUUUAUAUUCAUCAGUCAUUUUACAAUGUUACCUUUAUUUACUAUUUGACACUUAUAGACUUUGUGAACAGGACAUUGCAUUAUUUGAUAGAGAACGUGCAGAGGGAUCAGUUUCACCUGUUGCCUUCAUUGUUGCAAGAAAACUUUCAUUAUUUUUAUCUGAUGAUAUAUUAAUGACCUUAACUUAUACCACCAUCAGUUAUUUCAUGUUUGGUCUAGAAGCAAAUGCUACAAAAUUUUUCAUUCAAUUUUCUGUAAAUUUCUUAGCACAAAUGUGUUGUUCUGCAUUGGCGAUGUUAUCAGUUGCUGUUUCCAGAGAUUAUUCUAAGGCCUCAUUAGUAGGUAAUUUAUCAUUUACUGUGUUAUCAAUGGGUUGUGGCUUUUUCGUUAAUGCUAAGGUUAUGCCUGUAUAUGUUCGUUGGACCAAAUACAUUGCGUUUACUUGGUAUGGUUAUGGUGCAUUGUUAUCUAAUACCUUCACGGAUGAAUAUUGUACAGGAGAUACACUAGAUUCUUGCAUGGGUAAUCAAAUUAUUGAAAGUUUCGGAUUUUGGCGUAAUUGGAGAACGGUUCCAAUUAUUAUUCUAUUUUGUUGGGUUAUUGGUUUCACGAUUAUUGGUAUCGUAAUAAUGUAUCUUCAUAAAGUAGAUAUUACAUUACAAAAUGAGGUGAAAUCCAAGAAAAAAAAGAAAACAAAUAACAAUAGUAAAAUAGAUGAAAAUAAAAAUAGAUCAAAUCCAUUUUCAUCAAUAUUCGACUCAAAAAGCCAAGAGAAAGAUGUAGAAGCCACAACAAGUCGUCAUGAACAUGAAAUUGCGGUGACUUUGAAAGAUAUUAACUUAAAGGUUAAUUUCACAAGAUUGAAUCGUGAUAAAUGGGCAUCUGGAUUUAUCGAGAAAGAAGAAAAACAAAUUCUAAAAUCUGUCAGUGCUAAUUUCAAACCUGGAAUGGUUAACGCAAUUAUGGGUCCAUCAGGAUCUGGUAAAUCAACAUUACUUAACUUGAUGUCGGCAAGAGUACAUUCUAACUUAAUUACAAAAUUCACAAAGAAAGGUUCCAUUCUAUUCAAUAAUGCUGAGGUUUCUGAAGAUAUGUUUAAAAACAUAUGUUCUUAUGUGUCACAGGACGAUGACCAUUUAUUGGCCAAGCUGACGGUCAAAGAAACAUUCAAGUUUGCUGCAGCAUUAAGAUUACAUCAUUUAACUUCUGAGCAACGUGAAGCUAAAAGUGAAGAAUUGAUUCGUGCUCUUGGUAUAAAACAUUGUGAAAACACUAUUAUUGGAAAUGAAUUUGUCAAAGGUAUCAGUGGUGGUGAGAAGAGAAGAGUUACGAUGGGUAUCCAGUUAUUGAAUGAUCCGCCGAUUCUUCUAUUAGAUGAACCUACUUCAGGUCUUGAUAGUUUUACUUCAUCAACCAUACUGGAAAUUUUACAAGGACUUGCUGAUGACUACGGUAAAACAAUUAUAUUGACUAUCCACCAACCGAGAUCUGAAUUAUUUGAUAAAUUUGGAAAUAUUCUAUUACUUGCAAAAUCUGGUAGAACUGCAUUCAAUGGUACUCCAAAGGAAAUGAUCAAAUAUUUCUCUGAUUUGGGAUACCAAUGCCCUGAAUUGACUAAUGUGGCAGAUUACUUCUUAGAUUUAAUCUCAAUUAACACUCAAAAUGAUCAAAAUGAAAAGGUUUCCAAAGAAAGAGUGGAGUCAUUAUUAACUAAUUGGGAUACAGAGAGUCAAAAUAAGGCUGAAAAGAAUACCAACGAAUUGAGUAUCAUGACAAAGGAUUUAUUCCAUACAACAUACGGUGAUUGUAUCAGAAAACCUUGUAAUGUAGGCCUAGCUUACUACGUCAAUGUUAAGAGACAAUUAACUACUACUUUAAGAGACUUUGAUUCCUUAAUGGCUAGAAUUGCCCAAGUUCCUGGACUUGGUGCUAUUUUUGCCUUAUAUUUUGCUCCAUUGAAAGGAAAUUAUGUUGGGGUAACGAAUAGAUUAGGUCUUGCUCAAGAAUCUACCUCAUUAUAUUUUGUUGGCAUGUUAGCCAAUUUAGCAUGUUACCCACAAGAAAGAGAUUAUUUCUACAAAGAAUUCGAGGAUAAUGUGUACGGUAUUGGCCCAUUUUUCCUUUCAUAUAUGACUUUAGAAUUGCCAUUAUCAGCAUUUGCAUCUAUUAUUUAUGCUGUAUUCACGGUCCUAGCUUGUGGUUUACCAAGAACAGCUGGUAAUUUUUUUGCUACUGUGUACUGUUCUUUCUUAGUAACCGGUUGUGGCGAAGCUCUUGGAAUUAUAACUAACACAUUUUUCGACAGACCAGGGUUUGUUGUGAAUUGUAUAUCUGUCCUAUUAUCUAUUGGUACUCAAAUGUCUGGUUUAAUGUCCCUAAAUAUGUCGAGAGUGCUUAGGGGUUUCAAUUAUUUAAACCCUGUUGGUUACACAUCCAUGAUUAUUAUUAAUAUGGCUUUCCCAGAUGACUUAAAACUAACAUGUAAGGACGGUGGCCAAUUAGAGGAUGGUUCUUGUGAAUUCAAAACUGGUAAGGACGUGCUGGAUUCUUAUAAUCUAAAGACUAACGUUUCAGAAUACCUAGGUAUUGCAAUUUGCGUUGCAGCCAUUUACCGUCUCUUAGCAUACUUUUCGCUCAAGGCCAAACUAGAGUGGUUCAGUAAAUAG